AUGCUUAUUCGUUUGCUACCCUCUUUAAUUAUUACUACCUUCUCUUUCAUUGAAUUGCAGGUCCUCUGAUAUCGACGAGAGUAGAAAUAGGUCGAGACAAUGGUUGAGAGUCUUCAGGCUAGUCGCUCUGUUCUCGCUGCAAAUCCAUUAGGUAAAGGAUGCUGGAGUUCUAUUUUCGUUUCCUGUUCUUUGAAUUCGAGGUUUAAUGCUUCCUAGUCUUCCUACCCCCUCAGUUCCUAUUUAUUCUGACUCUUGCGCAUGUGAUUUUUGAUGUUAAAAAUGGCCGAAUAAAUAUGUCUGUUAGUG